GUCGCCGGUGCCCCUGCUCCGAGCUCCGCCCCUGCCGCGCUCCGCCCCUGCCGCGCUCCCACGGCCUCCUCGCCGUCCCCUGCCCCGGGACAGAUUCCUUCCCGGAGCUGGCGAGGCUGAGGAUUGCUUUCCGCGUCUCCCGCCUUGCGCCGUCUCUUUCGGGUUCCAGGGCACCAUGGGGUUCGUCUUCUCCAAGUCCAUGAACGACAACCUGAAAGCUCAGCAGGAGUUUAUGCUCAUGAACUCGCGGCUCCAGCUGGAAAGGCAACUACUGAUGCAGAACCAGAUGAGAGAGAGACAAACAGCCAUGCAGAUUGCUUGGACACGGGAAUUUCUCAAGUAUUUUGGGACAUUUUUUGGACUUGCUGUUGCAGGUUUAACAGCUGGAGCAAUGAAAAAGAAGAACCCAGGAGUUUUAGUGCCAAUAGUUCCCUUAAGCUUUAUAUUUGCCUAUCAGUAUGAUAUGGGCUAUGGAACAUUGUUGCAAAGGAUAAAAGGUGAAGCAGAGAACAUAUUGGACACACAGAGCACUUUGCUGGAAUUGCCUAAAGGGCCACUUACUUAUGAAAGCCUUGAGAAAAUCAGAAGAUCUCAGAGCAAGCUCUUCACAGAAAAAUAGGAAGAUGAUCAUCCUCUACCUUUUCUCCAAGUUCUGAAGUCCACCUUGCUUUAAUUUUUAAGAAGUUAUAACAGAAGGUUGUGCUGCCAUUCAGCGGGAUCUCAACCACCUUGAGAGUUGGGCAGAGAGGAACCUCAUGAGAUUCAACAAGAUCAACUGCAGAGUCCUGCAUCUGGGGACGAGCAACCCCAUGCAGCGAUACAGACUGGGGAUUGACCUGCUGAAGAGCAGCUCUGCAGAGAGAGACCUGGGAGUCCUGGUUGCUAAAAACAUGAGCCAGCAAUUUGCCCUCAUGGCCAAGAAGGCCAAUGGCAUCCUGGGAUGCAUCAAGAAGAGUGUGGCCAGCAGGUCAAGGGAGGUUCUUCUCCCGCUCUGCUAUGCCCUGGUGAGGCCUCAUCUGGAGUCCCAUGUCCAGUUCUGGUCUCCUCAGCUCAAGAGGGACAGAGAACUUCUAGAGAGAGUUCAGCGCAGGGCUACCAAGAUGAUCAGGGGCCUGGAACAUCUUCCUUUACAAGGAAAGGCUGCGGGAACUGGGGCUGUUUAGAGAAAAGGAGACUGAAGGGGGAAUCUUAUUAAUAUUUACAAAUAUCUAAAGGGUGGAUGUCAGAAGGUUGGGGCAUCCCUCUUUUCUGUUAUAUCUAGAAACAGGACAAGGGGUAAUGGGAAGAAGAUGGAAGACAAAAAGUUCCAUUUAAACUUAAGAAAAAACUAUUUUCUGUUGAGGGUGCUGGAGCAGUGGCACAGGCUGCGCAGAGGGGUUGUAGAGUCUCCUUCCUUGGAGGUCUUCAAGACGCACCUGGACAUGUUCCUAUGUGACCUCACCUAGGUUGAUCUGUUUCUGCAAGGGGGUUGGACUAGAUGACCUUUAAAGGUCCCUUCCAACCCUACCAUUCUGUGAUUCUAUGAACCUUUUGUAUUUUGAGCUGUCACCUAUUGAUACUCUUUCUUCCAAGAACGAAGAACAACUCAACCAACUUGUUGUGGUAUUUGUAUGUCUCCACCCAUGCCUCUUAACACACUCAUUUAUCCUAUGACAGACAUUUUUAGAAGGAGCAGUUUUAAUUGUGUGUGCUAGAAAAUUGGGAAAUACCUUAAUCCUACCCACUUUGUGUUUGCUGUAGGUUUCUGGCUAUGGUGCUGGAUCAAAAGGAGAUGUUAGAUGCUAAAGGAAGCAAGUAGGCUAAGCAGACCAGUGACUCAACAGUUUUAGGGGAUAAUAGGAUAGCAAUUUUUGCUAUAUUGCUGGAGCUAUAUUGAUCCAUACUAGUGAAAUAUGAAUUUUUUGUUUUCACUCAAAGGUUAAACUUAGAUCAAGAGAGUUAAUUCUUUGCAAGACUCCAUGCUAAAGAGUGGUGGGAAUGGAGCAAGUUUAAUUCAGUGUUACACAGGGAGUAUCAGUGAAAGUUAUGAAAUUUCUAAGGGAAAAGCAACAGGCUUUAAGCAGGACAGUCUAAUGCCAGCCCCAGAAAUGGAUUUAAACAGGCUACAUAAAAUGUGCCAAAGAUCAUCAAGAAGGGCUAGUCACUUUUACUACCUGUAUGUUUUUUAAUUGUUAGCUUUGCAGGUUUUUUUCUUAAUAAAUAUAUGCAUUGGUUUCAAAGAUGCUCAUUCUUUGUUAUGGAGUACACUCUGUUGUUACUCUAUUUCCAGUGUAUUAAUCGAAAAGCUUGCAUGUCCCGAGCCCAGUCAUUUCUGUCGCACAGAUGUCCAGCUACAGAGUAGUGGAAUUGUAUGAUUUCCAUCAUAGAACAAUGAAGGAAAGCAGGAAAGCUUACGUCUGACAGAGUCAGCUUCAGGGAAAUAGAUGUUUACAGCACAAACUACCUGUAAUCAUCGUACCAGUUGUGCUCAUAGAAAUAAAGAACACACCUAAAAUUUCUUGCUCCCUUCUGUCACUGGUGCGCAGCUGGCUUCAUCUUUAAGACUUACUUCAAUAUAUCAGAGCAAUUGUCUUUGUUUUCAUGAAUCUCACAGGGAAAGAGGAGAAUAACUGCAGGGGCAGUUUGUUCUGACCUGAAGGCAGUACUCUCACCACCUUAAUCCUGUUGUUUCUCCUGAACAUGAUGUCUUACAGCCAUGUAACCUGAAUCAGUGUCACUCAGAGGAGGAUUCUUCUGGGAAAGCAAGAAGUCAGUCAUGAUUAGGAUGUCAAAAUUAAACUCUCUUGUAUUCUCAUUAUGGAUAUGUCUCAUUGAGAACCCAAGAAAGUGCAUACUACUUGUGAGCCACAACUGCCAGCCCCACAGUUUUGUUUAUCUGGUUUUGAUAGGAUAUAUCAGUAUUGUUGAGAAAUGAGCAAAGUCCCUUUGCAGGGUCUGCUCUAGACUCCUUCAUUCCUUGGAUGAAUGAUCUCACUUUUCAGAGCUCUUCCUUAUAAUAGUGAAAGUUGGUUCUUACAGCCCCUUCUGAAACAUUUUGAAGUUACUUUGUGACCAUGACCAUAUAUCCCUGCUUUUAAAGGGGAACAGGAAAGCACUUAUUUGGACAUAAACAAACAAGGUUGUUUCUGCCUUAUUAUUUAAUUGCUUAAUGAGUCUUGGAAUUCAUUACAUAAAAAUGCUUGGAUUACUUAAUUUUUUAGCUAUUAGUUUUCUUAAAAGUGAACUGCUUUCUAAAACCAAGGCCAUCUGAUGAAGAUAGCUGGAAUAACACUGGUACUUAGUCACUAAUCAUAUGCAAGCAGCGCUACUUCUCAUUUCUUGUGGAAUACUGUCUGUUACUAAGCAAACACGAAAUAUUUUAAACUCAUGUGUGGGCAGCUUUCAAAAACUAAAUAGUUCUUGCAUCAAUUAAUUACAUGAGUUUGAAAUUAAGUUUCUGAAAAAAAAGACUAAUGAAGUCUGUGCAUUUCUAUCCUACUCUGAUCUUUUGUGUAGACUGAUAUUUAACAUGUGAAUAAGCCUUUCAUUCUAAGUAUUUAAGGCUGCCAAGGUAUUGUUAAAGGGUAUAUUUUUUUUUUAUUUAACCACCUGUUUUCACAGAUCUUCCUCUACUCUCUAUAAACUUUGAUUGCUGUUGGCCAACAGAUUCAAAAUGCAGUGCAAGUGAGAGAAAAAAUAGAGUAAUCUUUAUGUUAUUUUAGGAAACUAAAAAAUACAAAAUACCUGCAUUGAGGCAGUACACUGGAUGUAUCUAUCUUGCAGGAUCCUACAGAUCAUGAAUGGAAUUUAAUUUCUUUGCUCUGCUGUUGUCUGUUCUUCAUAAUACGAAUAGUAAGAAGAUGGAUAGUUGCUUUGGAUUGGUGAUAUUUAAAUUGUUUUCUUCUGUCUGUAUUGCUUUCAAGAGUAGUUUUUCUAGCUGUGAUAAACACGUAAACAAACCUACCUUCUGACUUGAUUUAAAUUCCUGGCAAAUUACUGAGAGAUUGCCAGUUAUGUUUUUCUGUAUACAGUCCUGUGUGAUCCAAAGUUCUGUGACUAACAUAGCAAGUUCCUUUAUAACCUGCUGUUCAGAUCACAGUAGAUGCAGUUAAAAGCCCUAGAUGCAAAGGCAACAUUAUUAAAAUUCAUCUGGAGGGAAAAUACUGAGCAAUACACCCUACUAGUGAAACUGCAUUAAGCAUAGUAACAUUAAACAAUGUCAAAUUCCUGCCACCGUAGUCAGGUAUGAUCCUUAAUAAAGCUCAUUAACUUGCUGCCUCUUGUUUCAGUCUUUAAUCCUAGCAAGAGAGUGCUUGUAGCCUAUGCUUUUCAACAAGAAGAGUGAUGCAGUGUAGGCUCACCUGAGGAAUUAUGAAUGUCUUUAAAAGACAUUCCCCCCAAGGCCUCUUUGACAGCUUGUACUUCAUCACUUACUGACAAAUGUGAUGGAAAGCACAGAUAAUAUUGUCUUUCACAUCCAGUAGCUGUGAUGAAGAAGCAGGUGAGGUCAGAAAAACUGUUUUGAGCUAUUUGUUUUUCAGUCUCUCAAGUGCUUGCAUCUAGCAGCUGAAGUUAGAGGUUACCUGCUUUGUUGCAAAAAUGAAGUUCUUACCAAAAAAACCUAAAGAUGUCCAUGAUAAUGCCUGCCUUUGUUUAGAGGGAAUUAGAUGUGGUGCCACAGUAACUGAUAGUCCAGUUAAACCUGAAAGUAAAGCAGGUGAAGAGUCAGGAAUUUUCGAGCUAGAUUUAAAAAUUAGCCUACUAUUUUGGGACCUCUCUCCACAUUCUCUGGGAAAGACAUAUCUGACAUUUUGCAACUUUUAAAGACUGGAUACAAUAUUGAGCAUGGACAUCAGAGUAGGCUACGAAAUAAAUGGUAUUCGUUUCAAAACUUAGCAAAUCACAAGGCCAAUCACUGUCCGACUGAGGAGGCAUCUUCCUUAUUGCCCUGGGAGUCCUGGUAGUGCUCUUGCACACAACUACAGCUCUCCAGUCACUGAAAACGUUUUUCUUGCCUAGAAGACUACCUACAGUCCAGAAGUAAGUUCACCUGAUGUGAUGAGUAUUUUUAGAAAAAGUCCACACCACCAGUAAGACCCAUCUGCUUCCCUCUUUAAAAUGCAA